AUGGCAACCCCGGACCCCGACCCCCAAACCCUAGCCGCCGGCGAGCUCGUCUGGGCCAAGACCAAGGCCCGCCACCACUGGUGGCCGGCCCGCCUGCUCUCCGCCAGCCCCCUCUCCUCCAAGAACUCACCCGUCUCCCUCUUCGGCGACGACGAGCCCAACCCCCGCCCCGCCACCGGCCUCAGGCGCUUCGCGGACCGGGCCGCCGACAAGAUGGCGCGGGCCAGCGCCGCGCCGGAAUUCCUCACCGCCCUCGAGCUCGCCCACGCCGCCGCCGUCGCGCUCCUCUGCACGGACCUCACCUGCGCCUGCGCCUCCCCUCCUGCCCCCGCUCCAUCCGCCGUCAUCACCGUCGGCGGGGUCGCCAACCUGUCCCCGCCCGAGUUCCUCGCCUCCCUCCGCCGGGCCGCGCUCGACGCCCCCGCCGUCGGCCUGGUGGACCGCGCCAAGCUCAAGAGCUGGACCCGCGCGCUUGCGCGGGGAUGGGCCCCCGCCGGCGCCGGGCCGCCCUACCAGCGCCGCUCGCUCCAGGACCUCGCCGACAAGGUUGACCUCGACGACCUCACCGACCCGCCCGAAGAUGCAGAUGCCGCCGUUGCCGCUGCCGAGGAGGACUCCGACAAGGAGUUCCAGAUGCCGCCGCCCAAGACGCCCGCGCGAGCAAAGCGCAAGGGACGCCCGCGGCGCAAAGACGCCGACGCCUCGCCCAAGGAGGAUUCGGAUGCAGGGGAGGACGACGCCGACGACCACAAGAACGACAGCGCCCCCAAUGUCAAAGCGCCGUCCACGGGGCGUACGCGGAAGAAAAGCAAGCACCUUUCGGAUGCAGGGGAGGAUGCCGCCGACGAGCAGAAGAACGAGAGCGCCGGCACCGACGCCGCACCGCUGUCCACGGGCAGGAUGCGGAAGAAGAGCAAGUACCUCUCGCCGCCGUACACCGAUCUGAUCUCGUCCUCUGCCCUCGACGAGAAGCUGGCCGAUUCGCCCAAGGAAUCACCGCCGGGUUCCACCAAGAAGGAGAAGAAGGCGGUGCCGGACAAUGUUGACGUGGGGGAGGUCCUGGAGCUGCUGCGUAGCCUCGGGGUAGGCUUCUUCCAUGACGCCCAGCUCCCCGAGGCUGCAGAGCGGUUUCUUGGCUCGCUUAGAACCAAAACAUUCGCCGGUGUAGAUGUUGCUGGUUUGGUCUCCGAUCCUGCUGCUGCUGUGAAGCUGGGGAAGAGUGUGUUGGAGAGGAGUAGGAAGAAGGAUGAUGUUGCGGCUGCCCGCUCUUCUACCAGGAGGAGGAAGAAGAUUGAGGAAGGUUCUCCUGCGGAUGCGCUUGAUUUCCCUGCGGAGGAUGCUGGUGCAGAAGAUGGUGCUGCCGAUGUUGCUGCUUUGGUUUCUGAUUCAGGUGCUGCUCCUGAACAAGGGAAGGCUGUAAAGAAGAGGGGCAGGAAGAAGAAGGAUCAAGAUGAGAGUGGCGCUUCUUCUGUCAAGACGAAGAAGAAGGUGGAGGAAACAUCCCCUAAGGCUACUCCUGAACUUCCAGCGGAGAAUGUUUCUGCCGACGCCAGUGUGGAAGGUACUGGUUUGGUUCCCCAUUCAUGUGCUACUGCUGCUGAACAAGGAAAGGCUGUAUUGAAGAGGGGCAGAAAGAAGAAAGAUCAAGAUGGAAGUGGGACUUCUCCUAUCAAGAGGAAGAGGAUGAAGAAAACCUCUCCGACAGCCAUCCUCGACUCUGGCUUAGUAAUUACUCCUGCUAUCCCUAUCAGGCAAGUGAGGGCAGGGGAUCUAAUAAGCCAACUGACAUCAGGAGGUGGUGCAGGCAUGGGAGUUGGGCUUCUGGAUCAGAACAAGUUGGAACUUAAGAGUCCUGUUCCAGCUGCAAUGUCGGGAGGGGCGAAAUCAGGUGAGGAGCAGGACCAAGCAGAUGGUGCAUCUGUUGUGAAGACACCAGUGACUGUUGAAGCAACGCAGCCGGGAACCCAUACAAAUGUGGACAAUGUUGUUGCUGAUCUGGCUGCCAAAAGUGUCCAGGGAGAAGAAACAAAGGCUGGAAUGGGUUUUCAGGUAGAUAUGAAUGUGCAAAGUGGUAUUGUGGAUAUGCCUAUCGCAAGUGUCCAGAUGGAAGCAAUGGGGUUGGAAACUAAUAAUAUUCCUGUAGAUACAAAUGAACAGGGUGUUGCGACAGAUCUGCCUGUUAUAAGUGGUUUGCUUGCUGAGGAUGGAGGCAUAUCUCAGACUGCAGAUGGAAAUACAAAUAAUGCAGAUGUAGAAGUGAGUACAGUCCAAGGUGUUGUGGCAGACGUGGCUGUUAGAAGUGGGUUUCUUCCUAUCCAUGGAGGCGUACCCCAGACGGCAUAUGGAUAUACAAAUAAUGGAAAUGUAGAAGUGCGUGCAGUCCAAGAACCUUAUCCUUCCCUGGAGGCAAUGAGGCCAGAAAUGUAUAGGGAAGUUGAUGGCAUCAUUACUGGAACAAAUGUCACUGCAACAAACCAUGUGUUUAAAGCUGAGAGUCAAAAGGGUGAACAGACUAGCCAGCAGAAGACUACUGGUGAAGCCAUUGCAAAUCAUGCUAUUGCAAUUUCUACCAAUGGGACCUGCUCAGAUUCACCUAAUUCCACUCCUAAGAGAAGGAAUAACAAAGCUCCACAGUACUUUUCAAAUCCAGUGGAAAUUGUGUUGCAGUUCUCAGAUGGUGUCAUUCUUCCUUCCAAAGAGGAACUACUCUCCGCAUUUAGCAAGUUUGGCAUCCUGAUCGAGCCUCUGUCUGGCAUCUUAGAAGACAUCCGCGGUGCACGUGUUGUGUUUGGGAAAAGCGCCGAAGCUGACGCAGUGUAUGCCAGGCGUGAAACUCCUGGUCUCUUUGGCCUGUUUGGCCCUCCAUUUGCCACCCUGAAGGUACUCAACUAUCUCCCCCCAUUCACGCCGAGCGUCCCUGCACCUGCACCUCCACCUGCUCUGAGACCUCCGAUCGGCGUUGCCGACAUGAAGAAAAAUGUCGAGAACAUGAUCUCGUCCCUGGCUGGUAAGCCUGCCCCGCCAUAUCUUCUUGGUGAGAUGCAGCGGCUCUUGUCGAAGAUCAACAAUAAGCAAGCUGGGCCUUCUAGCUCUGGGAUGCCUCCUCAGUAGGCCCUGUUCUAUGUUUUCGACGCCCUGGCUGGCUUCUGUAGUUAGUGAAAACUUAUUCUCAAUGCUGGCUGUCUUUUCUUCAUUAGAACUGCUUAUUUUCAGUUUAUGGUACAUUGGAUCUAUUGGCUAGUUCGGCAGCUAUGGUCUGGAACACAUGUGAAUGGUAGACUUUGUCAUGUCGUUGCUUUUGUGCAUUGGAUAUCCAAAAUCGCAGUUCCA